AUGGACAACUAUGGGGAUCAUGAAAUCAAAGCUGCUGUGAACCACACCCGCCACACAACAGGCACCGCACUUCGCGCCGUCGUAAUCAUAAGCCAGCCUGUAGUCAUGGACGUCAAGACCGUCCAGGGCAUGGUCGAAGACAUUGAAAAGCUUGCGCUGACAGUGGAGGAGACUGCGCGCGUCCGGGCGUUUCGCGUCAGGGUAGAGACGGAUCAGCAAAUGGUGCAGCGACUCGUACACACGGCAUUCAAGGCCCUCGUGUACGAGGUCGGCAGGACACGGCCGCGCCUACUCCUGCUACCCAGCCGUCAUGACUGGGAUCCGGCGUGCGGAUGUCCAGCUUAUCCGGAGGACUUAGACACAGAUGACUGGUUCGACAACGAUCAGAUAGUCUCAUCUGUCGAUCGCUUCCCCGGCACACGAUACCGACUCGCCAACGGAUACGACAUCAUAUCUGCACGGGGUCAGAGACGAGCCGCCAAGACGGCGACGCUCAACGGCACGCUUGUGGUCGUGAAGCGCGCUAGUCGGCAUUCCGGGCGAGCGGUCAAUAUCACGCCCCCGGAAGUUUCCUUGAUCAAUGCAGUGGUCGAGAGGUACGUCGCCGGUUAA